CCACCCGCCAAAUCAAAAUCAAACUGUAAAAGCCUGUGCUUUCCGUUUUCAAGUUGUGCUUUGGGUGCUUUGGUAAAAGGUAAACUAGCUAACUUAACCUCAAAGUUCAUGUUUAUUAUUGUAUAAUUCUUUAGAAGAAUCGAUAAAGUAUCAAAUGUUUAAAACUUAACAUUAUAUUACUAUUAUUACAUAUGAGUUCUGUGUAACAUAAACCUCUGUUGGCCACUUUAAACGUUUGAGCAAUAAUUAUUUAUGCCAAUUUACGAGACAGAGUAGGUGGCAAGUUUUGAGCGUUUUGAAUUCCUUCAUUUAGGAAUUAAGCUGAAGACCUAGUGAUACAAAAUGGCAGCGGCAGCACCACAAACUGAACAAAGAGACAGGAAACGAAAAGAAAGCAUUCUUGAUCUUUCCAAGUAUUUGGAGAAAGUCAUCCGUGUAAAGUUUUCUGGCGGACGGGAAGUAGCAGGAGUGCUAAAAGGUUUUGACCCCUUACUGAAUCUUGUCCUGGAUAACACCACAGAGUUCCUCAGAGAUCCUGAUGACCCCUACAAACUCACCAGGGACACAAGGUUGUUAGGGCUUGUAGUCUGCCGAGGAACAUCAGUUGUGCUCAUUUGUCCUGUGGAUGGAAUGGAAAGUAUUCCAAAUCCUUUUGUCCAACCGGAUUAAAAUAUGAACUUUAUAUUUUCUUUUAUAAGUUUUUCACAUAUAUCUCAGUUCAGAGAGAAUUCCUCCUUUGUUGUAUAUAAUUUAAUUAUGUAUUUAUUACAAUAAAGAGUUUGGUUAA